CGGACCGGCCAUGGAAGCGUCCCGCGGCCGCGGGGGCCUGGCCGCGCUCUGGUGCCUCGGGCUGCUGGGGGGCCUGGCGCGCGUCGCGGGCACGCACUACCGCUACCUGUGGAGGGGCUGCGUCCCGUGCCACCUGGGCCAGGCCGGCUACUCCGGGAGCGCCGGGGACCGGAGGCCAGAUGUGGACGAGUGCCAGGUGCACAAUGGCGGCUGCCAGCACAGCUGUGUGAACACGCCAGGCUCCUACGUCUGUGAGUGCAAGCCCGGCUUCCGGCUCCACGCGGACGGCAGGAGCUGCCUGGCCAUCAACUCCUGUGCCCGGGGCAACGGCGGCUGCCAGCACGAGUGCGUGCAGCUCACGGUGACCCAGCACCGCUGCCAGUGCCGCCCCGACUUCCAGCUCCAGGAGGAUGGCAAGCGCUGUGUCCGGAGAAACCCGUGCGCGGACCGGAACGGCGGCUGCGCGCACACGUGCCAGGUGCGCCGGGGGCUCGCCCACUGUGAGUGCCAUGCGGGCUUCCUGCUGGCGGCGGACCGCAGGUCCUGUGAAGACGUGGACGAAUGUGCCACGGGGCAGGCGCAGUGUGCCCACGGCUGCCUCAACACCCGGGGGUCCUACAAGUGCGUGUGCUACCCCGGCUACGAGCUGGGCGCUGACGGCCGGCAGUGCUACCGGAUCGAGAUGGAGAUCGUGAACAGCUGUGAGGCCGACAACGGGGGCUGCUCCCACGGCUGCAGCCACAGCAGCGCAGGGCCCCUGUGCAGCUGCCCCCGUGGCUACGAGCUGGACGCGGACCAGAAGACGUGCAUCGACGUGGACGACUGCGCCGACUCGCCGUGCUGCCAGCAGGUGUGCAGCAACAGCCCCGGCGGGUACGAGUGCGGCUGCCUCGCCGGCUACCGGCUCAGCGCCGACGGCUGCGGGUGCGAGGAUGUGGAUGAGUGUGCGUCCGGCCGCGGCGGCUGUGAGCACCGCUGCACCAACCUGGCCGGCUCCUUCCAGUGCUCCUGUGAGGCCGGCUUCCGGCUGGACGACGACCGUCGCGGCUGUGUCCCCCUGGAAGUACCCGAGGUGGACCUGGACGGCCAGCUGCCCUUCGUGCGGCCCCUCCCGCACGUCGCCGUGCUCCAGGACGAACUGCCUCACCUCUUCCAAGACGACUACGCGGGGGCCCAGGAGGAGGAGGAGGAGGCGGCGGCGGAGGCCCGGGGCGAGCACACGCUGAUGGAGAAGUUCGUGUGCCUGGACGCCUCCUUCGGCCAGGACUGCAGCCUCACCUGUGAUGACUGCAGGAACGGGGGGGCCUGCCUCCCGGGCCUGGACGGCUGUGACUGCCCCGAGGGCUGGACCGGGCUCAUCUGCAAUGAGACCUGUCCCCCAGACACCUUCGGAAAGAACUGCAGCUCCUCAUGCAGCUGUCAGAAUGGCGGGACCUGCCACCCCGCGACGGGGGCCUGCCGCUGCCCCCCUGGUGUCUCUGGAGCUCGCUGUGAGGACGGCUGCCCCAAGGGCUUCUACGGCAAGCAGUGCCACAAGAAGUGCCACUGUGCCCAUCGUGGCCGGUGCCACCGCCUCUACGGGGCCUGCCUCUGUGACCCCGGGCUCUAUGGCCGCUUCUGCCACCUGGCCUGUCCGCCGUGGGCCUUCGGGCCGGGCUGCUCGGAGGAGUGUCGGUGUGAGCAGCGGAACACGCUGGCGUGCGACCGGAGAGACGGCAGCUGCUCCUGCAAGGCGGGCUUCCGGGGCGAGCGGUGUCAGGACGAGUGCGCACCAGGCUUCUUCGGGCCGGGGUGCCUGCAGGCGUGCGCCUGCCCUCAGGGUGUGGCCUGUGACCCAGUCAGCGGCCAGUGUGGGAAGCAGUGUCCCGCCGGCUACUGGGGGAAGGACUGUGACCAAGAGUGCCCAGAGGGGGCGUUCGGCGUGAACUGCUCCGGAGUCUGCCCCUGUGGGGGGGCACCCUGCGACCGGGUCUCGGGGCAGUGCCAGUGCCCUCCAGGGAGGACUGGGGACGACUGUGGGGCAGAUUGUCCCGAGGGCCGCUGGGGGCUGGGCUGCCAGGAGAUCUGCCCUGCGUGUGAGCACGGUGCCGCCUGCGAGCCCGGGACCGGAGCCUGCCUGUGCCGCCCCGGCUACACGGGCAGUCGCUGCCAGGACGCGUGCCCAGCGGGCUGGUUUGGGCCCGGCUGCCAGAUGAGGUGUUCGUGUGCCAAUGACGGGCACUGCCACCCGGUGACCGGACACUGCAGCUGUGCCCCCGGGUGGACGGGCCUCAGCUGCCAGAGAGCCUGUGACAGUGGGCGCUGGGGACCCAACUGCAGCCACACCUGCAGCUGCAGCGCAGGCCACGGGAGCUGCGACGCAGUCAGCGGCCUGUGUGUGUGUGAGGCCGGCUACACGGGCCCGCGGUGCGAGCAGCGAUGUCCCCAGGGCUACUUUGGGCCGGGCUGCGGGCGGCGGUGCCAGUGUGAGCACGGGGCAGCGUGUGACCACGUCAGCGGGGCCUGCACCUGCCCGGCCGGCUGGAGGGGAACCUUGUGUGAACGCGCCUGCCCCGCCGGCUUCUUCGGCCUGGAUUGCCGAGGCGUCUGUGACUGCGCCGCCGGAGCGUCCUGUGACCCUGUGAGCGGCUCCUGCCUCUGCCCUGCUGGCCGCCAGGGCCCCCGCUGUGCCCAAGCCUGCCCAGCGCACUCCUACGGACACAACUGCAGCCAAGCCUGCACCUGCUCUCAAGGGGCCUCCUGUGACCCCGUCCAUGGACAGUGCCGCUGUGGCCCUGGCUGGACGGGCCCCACCUGCCUGGAGGCCUGCCCGUCAGGCCUGUACGGCGAGAACUGUCAGCAUCCCUGCCUGUGUCAGCACGGGGGCACCUGCGACCCUGUCUCAGGCCACUGCACGUGCCCAGAGGGCUGGGGAGGCCCCGCCUGUGAGGAGGAGUGUCCCCCUGGACACUUCGGAGCCGGCUGCAAACACAGCUGCGGGUGCCUCCACGGCGGCCUCUGUGACCGGCACGCAGGCCGCUGCCUCUGCCCGGCUGGCUGGACGGGGGACAAGUGUGGGAGCCCCUGUGCCGAAGGCACGUUUGGGGCUCACUGUGAGGAGCGCUGUGCCUGCCGGCGGGGCGCCUCCUGCCACCACGUCACGGGGGCCUGCCUCUGCCCCCCGGGCUGGAGGGGCCCGCAGUGUGAGAACGCCUGCCCGCAUGGCUGGUUCGGAGAGGCCUGUGGCCAGCGCUGCCGGUGCCCGCCCGGCGCCCCCUGCCACCACGUCGCCGGGGAGUGUCGCUGUCCUGCGGGCCUCACGGGGCCUGGCUGUGAGCAGGCCUGCCCACCAGGCACCUUCGGGGACGGCUGUGGGCAGAAGUGCCGUUGUCCCGGCAAGAACCAGGUCUGCCACCCCGCCCUGGGGACGUGCACGUGUGCCGCUGGCUACCACGGCUCCGGCUGCCGGCAGCGCUGCCCCCAGGGGCGCUUCGGGCCCGGCUGUGAGCAGCUGUGCGGGUGUCUGAACGGCGGCUCCUGUGACGCGGCCAAUGGCACCUGCCUCUGCCCUGCUGGCUUCCUCGGGGCCGACUGCAGCCUGGCCUGUCCACAGGGCCGCUUCGGCCCCGGGUGUGCGCAUGUGUGCGGGUGCGGGCAGGGAGCGGCCUGCGACCCCGUGACUGGCGACUGCACCUGUCCCCCGGGGAGGACUGGCCUCCACUGCGAGCACGGCUGUCCUCGGGACCGGUUUGGCGCGAGCUGCGAGCACGUGUGCUCCUGCAGAAACGGGGGCCUGUGCCAGGCCGCCAACGGCAGCUGCGCCUGCGGCCUGGGCUGGACGGGGCCGCGCUGUGAGCUGGCCUGCCCCCCCGGUCGCUACGGUGCCGCCUGCCGCCUGGAGUGCUCCUGCCAAAACAACGGCACCUGCGAGCCGGCCACGGGCGCCUGCCGCUGCGGCCCCGGCUUCUACGGGCAGGCCUGCCAGCACCCAUGUCCCCCCGGCUUCCACGGGGCGGGCUGCCGGGCGGCGUGUGAGUGUCAGCACGGAGCCUCCUGCCACCCCGUCAGCGGCCAGUGUGUCUGCCCCGCCGGCCUCUACGGCCAGCUCUGUGAGAGGGGGUGUGAACCAGGCUCGUUUGGAGAGGGCUGCCGCCAGCGCUGCGACUGUGAGGGAGGGGCACCCUGCCACCCCGUCACCGGCCAGUGCCUCUGCCCCCCGGGGCGCACGGGGGCUUCCUGUGACCGUGACUGCAGACCGGGCUUCUUCGGGCCGGGCUGUGCCCUGCGCUGCAGCUGCGGGGCUGGGGCCAGUUGUGACCCCGUCAGUGGGCAGUGCCACUGCGUGGACGGCUACACAGGGCCCACCUGCCAGCAAGCGGCCUCACAACCAGCCUCUAACGGACCAGCGCCUGGGCUCAGCAGCAGGGCACAGAAACACUAGCGCAGAGGCAGCAGCCCUCCAGCAAGCCCGUCCCCCAGAUGCUCUGACGAAGACGAGGAGGGGCGCCCGUGGGCCAGGACUCCGGCCCCAGCCUCGUCUCCCAGGGCCGCGCACAGCCAUGCAGCCCCUCCCUCUACAAGGAUCGGCUGGCCCAGCUCCAGGGAGCCCGGGCGAGUGGACCGAGCAAGCCCUGCCUCCCCGGGUCAGGACUGAGGGCAGGUGCCUCCCCGGGUCAGGACUGCCUCCCCGGGUGCGGGUGCGGUGCUGCAGGGGCCCCUGCCCUCCGGGCAGGUUCUUCCGGUGCUAGGCCCUGGGACUGCUGUGCUCAGCCCCUUCACUGGAGCCGCAGCCCACUGUAUUUAUGUAAAAGUAUUUAUGGGCAGCCAGACACGCCUGCUGCAACCGGGCCACCAGAAGCCUGCCCGUCUCCUGCCCCACGAAACCCUGACGCGGGACUUUGGGCUCUGAGGGGCCUCUGAGCGGGGCUUCGGUACAUGUGAAACCCAGUAAUUUAAGAAAGCAGCAGCCGCGUCCUCGUGGCCUGUGUGUUCACUGCUUGGGGCUCACUGUGGUGGCCUCCCGGCUGCGCCUGAUGCCUGUGCUCGGCAGGAAUCCCCUCCUGCCCCGGGAGGCCCUGUCUGGCCGCUGCCCCUCCCCCGGCGUGUGGGUGGCACUCGAGGAAGGUUGGGGUUUGACCUGGUUCCUGGUGCCCUGGAGGGGCACGCAGGGGCUGCUCUGUGUGUGGGCCCCUCCCAGAGGAGGCGGGCCGAGGGCAGGGGUGUUGGUGGGGGGGCGGACGCGGGCUGGGGACCCCUCCCCUCCCUUCCUGUCCUCAGGGCGGAACGGUGGAGGGUGAAGAACUUCAAUGGAGUGGGCAGGACCCAGAAGGUUCCUCCGGACACUUGGGGUGUGGGCUGUCACCCCCUCGGCCCUUCCCUUCAACACAGAUCCCCUCAGGGCAAAGCAUCUCUGGAUGAGCCGCCCUGUCCCCUUAAACAGACGACUAGUGAAUGGCCCGUGGCAGAGGAAGCCAAUGGACGGGCCACUGUGUUAAGGUUUUAAAGCAAAUGUAAUAAAUGCCUCAGGAGGGACAAGA